CUGAAUACAAGAAAUCUAUUUGUCUCACGAGACCACUCUUAUGUUUUGGACUCUGAUGAUAUAACAGGAGAUAUUGCAAAACGUUUGUGUACAGCGGCAGAAGUGAAGUUUUUCUUGGAUAGUUUAUUGGGGAAAUCUGUAAGUGCCAAUUAUUUAAAGCCUAACAAGAACUGCAAUUUAACCUCGUGGGUCUCUGGUUGUGAGCCAGGAUGGGCCUGUAGUGAUCUCUCAAGCCAGAAGGUUGAUCUUAAAAAUUCCAAGGAGAUACCUGCAAGAACUUCAAACUGUCAACCAUGUUGUGAAGGCUUCUUUUGUCCUCAUGGUAUCACAUGCAUGAUACCAUGCCCUCUAGGUUCAUAUUGCCCUCUUGCUAAACUCAAUAAAACAACUGGCGUAUGUGAACCAUAUCUUUAUCAGCUGCCUCCAAUGCAGCCAAAUCAUACCUGUGGAGGAGCAAAUGUUUGGGCUGACGUUAGUAGCAGUAGUGACAUAUUUUGCUCAGCUGGAUCGUAUUGUCCAACAAGCAUAAAAAGAAUUUCUUGCAGUAGUGGACAUUACUGCAGGAUGGGUUCCACAUCCGAGAAAAGAUGCUUCAAGUUGAGUUCAUGUAAUUCAAACACAGCAACCCAAAAUAUGCGUGCAUAUGGAAUUAUGCUCAUUGCUGCUUUGAGUACUUUGCUACUCAUUAUUUACAAUUGUUCUGACCAAGUUCUCACUACUAGGGAAAGAAGAGUGGCCAAAUCUAGAGAAGCAGCAGCUAGAAGUGCAAGGAAGACUGCAAAUGCGCGCCAAAGAUGGCAAUUUGCAAAAGAUGCAACUAAGAAGGGUGCAAUGGGGCUGCAAGCUCAACUAUCUCGCACCUUCAAGAAGGAUGCAGGAAAUCUGGAAAAAUUUAAAAUUCUGAAACAAGCAAAUUCUGAAGCAGACGUUGAAUUGUUGUCACAUCCACGACCUACAACUUCAAGCAUGGUUGCAAGUUCAUCUGUGGCAACAAAUAAAAAGGGAAAAGAACCCAGUGGUCUGAUGCAGAUGAUACACGAAAUUGAAAAUGAUCCUGAUAUCGAUGAUAUUGAAAAUGAUCCUGAUACAGAAAUAGAAACUAGAGGUAAAAGUGUCACAGAAAAUGUGUCAAAGGGAAAACAACCACAUACUCAUAGCCAAAUUUUUAAGUAUGCAUAUUCUCAGCUUGAAAAAGAGAAAGCUCAGCAAAAAGAAAACAAGAAGCUUACCUUCUCCGGGGUAAUUAAAAUGGCUACAAACACUGAAAGAAGGAAAAGGCCUUUAAUUGAAAUUUCUUUCAAGGAUCUGACUCUUACAUUGAAAGCUCAAAACAAGCAUAUAUUGAGAUAUGUUACCGGGAAAAUUAAACCUGGCCGCAUCACGGCUGUCAUGGGUCCAUCGGGGGCGGGCAAGACAACAUUUCUUUCAGCUCUAGCUGGAAAGGCAUUAGGAUGCUCGGUCACUGGUUCAGUUCUUAUAAAUGGAAGGAAUGAAUCAAUCCAUUCCUUUAAGAAAAUUACUGGUUUUGUGCCACAAGAUGAUGUAGUUCAUGGAAACCUAACAGUGGAAGAGAAUCUCUGGUUCAGUGCACAGUGCAGGCUAUCUGUUGACUUGUCAAAACCAGAAAAAGUUCUGGUUGUCGAAAGAGUUAUUGAAUUCUUGGGGCUUCAAUCAGUGCGUAAUUCCUUGGUUGGAACUGUGGAAAAGCGAGGGAUCUCUGGAGGCCAAAGGAAGCGUGUAAACGUUGGACUGGAAAUGGUUAUGGAACCUUCACUGUUGAUCUUGGAUGAACCCACAUCUGGCUUAGACAGUGCAUCUUCUCAGCUGCUUCUAAGAGCACUAAGACGCGAAGCUCUUGAGGGAGUGAACAUUUGCAUGGUGGUUCACCAACCCAGCUAUGCUUUGUACAAGAUGUUUGAUGACCUGAUACUUCUGGGAAAAGGUGGUCUUACUGUCUAUCACGGAUCUGCAAAGAAAGUUGAAGAAUACUUUUUGGGCCUGGGGAUCAACAUUCCAGAGCGGAUUAAUCCUCCAGAUUACUUCAUUGACAUUUUGGAGGGCCUGACAGCACCUGGCGGAAGCUCAGGACUGAGUUACAAGGACCUGCCAGUUAGAUGGAUGCUUCAUAACGGAUAUCCAAUACCUCUUGAUAUGAGGCAGAAUGCGGUUCAAUAUGAUAUGUCACACAGUGUAAAUUCAGCUAAUGAAAUUGAUCCCCAUGGAUCCAGUCAUGCAGACAAAACCUUUGCUGGAGAAUUAUGGCAAGACAUGAGAAACAAUGUGGAACUGAGGGGGGAGAAGAUAAGACACAAUUUUUUUAAAUCCAAGGAUUUAUCUGACCGGAAAACUCCUGGCGUUUUCAAGCAAUAUAAGUAUUUUCUUAUACGGGUUGGGAAGCAGCGGCUACGAGAAGCUAGGAUGCAAGCCAUAGAUUAUCUUAUUUUGUUACUUGCUGGAGCCUGCUUAGGAUCACUUACAAAAGGCAGCGAGCAAACGUUUGGUGCAGCUGGUUAUACCUAUACGGUGAUUGCUGUAUCUCUUCUGUGCAAAAUAGCGGCCUUGAGAUCAUUUUCCUUGGAAAAAUUACACUACUGGAGGGAGAGUGAUUCUGGCAUGAGCAGCUUGGCUUAUUUUCUCUCUAAAGACACCCUAGAUCAUUUUAACACAGUGAUUAAGCCUGUGGUGUACCUUUCUAUGUUCUAUUUCUUCACCAAUCCGAGAUCAACUUUUGCAGAUAAUUAUAUUGUGCUGCUUUGUCUUGUGUACUGUGUUACUGGUAUAGCAUAUGCACUGUCCAUAUUUUUUGAACCCGGUGCUGCCCAGUUAUGGUCAGUACUUCUUCCCGUUGUUUUAACUCUCGUUGCAACACAACGAAAGGAUAGUAAAAUUUUGAAGGAUAUAGCUAAUUUAUGCUACUCUAAGUGGGCUUUACAAGCUUUAGUUGUUGCAAACGCUGAAAGGUAUCAGGGGGUGUGGCUCAUAACUCGUUGUGGUUCACUUUUGAAAAGUGGCUACAAUCUUCAUGAUUGGAGUUUGUGCAUAUCCAUCCUCAUUCUUAUGGGUGUAAUUGGCCGGGCUAUAGCAUUUUUCUGCAUGGUAACCUUCCGAAAGAAGUAAGGUCAACAAAACUUCAGGCCAUCGAAUUUUACCUCUGACAAAUCUGAGUUGUACAAAUUGGAGUUAACAGAGAUUACGUUAGGAUUCUCAUGAUUUCGAGAAUGUCCGGUAAUUUUUUUAGGCAUGAUAUUGGUUUUUGGCCUAACUAUGCAAGUUAGAUGUGAUCAAUUAGUCAUGUCAUUGUUGCACGUUCACCUCUUCUGGCUGUGUUUUUUGUAUUAUAGUAAUGUUAAUUUUCGUUGCUUCUAA